AUGGUCGCGGACAGCAGGCGCGCCCAGGCCGCGGCGGCCGUGCCCGUGCCCGAGGCAGAGCAGUUUGACUACGCGUCCUGGUUCUCCGCGCCGCUGCUCAGCCCGGCGGCGUACGGCGCGCCGUGCUUCGGCGGCGGCCACCAGCAGCACCAGGGGAGCAGUGGGCCUCUGCUUUAG